AAUGGGGAGGGAGUUUCAUUGGGUAGGAAGUUGUGUGGUUUGGCAGAUAUAACUAAAAGAGCUCAGAUUCCUUUUUCUGCUUGACUUCCAGCAGCUAUAGCUUCUCAUACUUCAGUUUCUGCUUUGUUCCAUUCUUCAACUUUGGUGACUGCUGGUGUUUACUUGUUGAUUUGUUUGAGACAGUAUUUUAGAGUGGGUAUUGUUUCUUGUGUUUUAAUGUUUAUUUCUUGUAUGACAAUAUUUAUAUGGGUUGAGACUAAUUAUGAGAUGGUUAUAAAGAAGGCAAUUGCUUUGUCUACUUUGAGACAGCUAGAAGUAAUAAUGUUAUCAAUUUCUUUCGGGUAUUCAAAGUUGGCUUACUUUCACAUGCUUACGCGUGCUUUAUUUAAGGUUCUUCUUUUUCUUUGUGCGGGGUCUGUAAUUCAUAGAAGAGGUGGGGCUAAAGAUUUGAGGUAUAUAGGUAUAAUUGAGUUUAGACCUGUAGCAGGGUCUUGUUUUAAUGUUGCUAAUUUAUCUUUGUGUAGAAUUCCUUUUUUGGCUGAUUUUUAUUCUAAGGAUUUGAUUUUGGAGAGUAUGUCUUUCUAUAGUUUUGAUUUUUUUAUCUUUAUUUUCUUUGGAAUUUCUGUGGGAUUAACUGCUUGCUAUUCGUUUCGAUUGUUUUUAUGUUAUGGAUCGAAAUUUCGGGGAAGGGAGUAUUAUAAGAGUUUCUAUUAUUUUAUGUCUUUUUGGGCGGUUAUUAUAGGGUCUCCUUUAAUGUGA